CAACAAUAUGGCGGCUGGUCUAGGUAUCACUAUCUGAGAGUAUCUGACCUCCUCGUAAUACUAAUACCGACGACUCAACUUUUAAAAUCUUUAUCUUCUUAUUUUAUAGAUUACAGGAGCAUUUAUUGCAGUUGAAUAGUCACACAGCUAUAAUGAUGCCAUAUCAAUUUUUUUUUUGUUUUAUCUGGUGACAUAAAAGUAUUAGGAAAUAUCUAGAUAUUAAAUGACGUUAUUUUAAUAUAGAACUCAAACAUUUUGUUGUCAAAGACAUCUAAAGAACUAAUUCACUUAAUAGCAAGUAUGGAUGACUUGAAACAAAACAUGAAUGAAUGCAAAAAUGGCAUUAAAAUUGAGAAGAUAGAUUGGUCAGAUACUCCAGAAAACAGCUUUGCUGGGCAAACUUAUGAAUUAACUUUAGCAGAAGAGGCACAAGGAUCUGAAGAACAAAGUCACUCAAGAUCAAUGUUGGAUGAUAUGAAACAAGACUUUACCAAUGAUCUCAAAAAUGUCUUAAAAAUUGAGAAGAAAGAAUCCUCUUUACAUUCAGAGACACACAAAAUGUCCUCCAGUCUUCCUACUUUUGAAGAAGAGACACAGAAACAGAUGGUGAAUUGGAAUGAAGAAAUGACUUUAAUGCAAGACAUGUAUGCAAGAAACACUCCUAACAAAGAUGGCUAUACAGAGAACUCAAAAAAUGAAGCGCACAAUUUUUCUUACAACAAUAGAAACCAGCAGCUGGUGAAUACAGAAAAAAAAUUUGACCAAUUUCAUAUAAGUACAGAAACUUUCUCUGCUUCAUCUAAAAUAUGUAAUGAUGAGAUUUAUUUAGGUAAAAAGUUAUUUAAAUGCAAAAUUUGUCAGAAAGAAUUCACACAGUCAUCUAAUUUAAAACGCCAUGAAAUAAUACAUACUGGUAAAAAGCCAUUUAAAUGCAAAAUUUGUCAGAAGGAGUUCACUCAGCCAUCUAGCCUAAAAUGCCAUGAGAUUAAUCAUUCUGGUAAAAAACUAUUUAAAUGUAAAGUUUGUCAAAAAGAAUUCACUCAGUCGUCUAGCUUAAAAUGCCAUGAGAUAAUACAUUCCGGUCAAAAACCAUUUAAAUGUAAAAUUUGUCACAAAGAAUUCAAUAAGUCUUCUAAUUUAAAAAGUCAUGAAAUAAUACAUUCUGGUCAGAAGCCAUUUAAAUGUGAAAUUUGUCAAAAAGAAUUUACAAAGUCUUCUUACUUAAAAAGCCAUGAAAUAAUACAUUCUGGUAAAAAGCCAUUUAAAUGUCAAAUUUGCCACAAAGAAUUCAAUAAUUCCUCAAACUUAAAAAGCCAUUUAGCAAUUCAUUCUGAUAUAAAGCCAUUUAAAUGUAAAAUUUGUCAAAAAGAGUUCACUCAGUCCUCUCACUUGAAAGGCCAUGAAACAAUACACUCCGGUAAAAAACCAUUUAAAUGUAAAAUUUGUCAAAAAGAAUUCACUCAGUCCUUUAGCUUAAAACGUCAUGAAACCAUGUAUUGUAAUAUAAAACCAUUUAAAAGUAAAAUUUGUCAGAACGAUCUCACUCAGUCAUCUCACUUAAAAUGCCAUGAGUUAUUGCAUUCUGAUAUAAAGCCAUUGAAACGUAAAAUUUGUCAGAUAGAUUUUACUGUCCUCUAACUUAAUAUGUCACUUUUGAAUCCAACAUCGCAAUGCUACAUGAGCUCAACACACUGUCUGUCAUCAUCUGGUCAGACUAUUGUCAGUCGCUCAUUCUCUAGCUUUUCUCAUCUAGCUACUGUUGUCACUAUUUCCCAUUGUAGACCCCAACUCAAUUACAGUCCCAGACUGUCCCUCAUUCUACUGGGUGUACCUUUACAUACUCUAAAUAAACAUUAACAAAAAUAUUGCUAACAACUUGCUAAAUAAAUGCAUUGAUAAUCAUCUAUAUGCCAACUACUUUGUAACACUAAAACUAAUAAAAAUUAUCUUACUCUUACUCUGGCCCCCUAGAAUACUUCCUACAUGUUACAGGAUCUCUGUUGAACAGAACCUACCUAACAUCUGGAGCAAUCUACUCCCAAUCACAGUUCACCAAAAAAAUAAAUACAAAUUCUAGCACUCAACACAGGCCCCUGCAAUCACUUCAGGUGGUGUGUGUCAGUCUCUAUAUAAGCUAUGAAGUACAACUAGACACUAAUACAGUUUCUUAGUCUGCCCUUAGCCUCGAGUAUCGAGUCGCCCUUUGACCUAUACAGCUAAUUGUCACUAUUUCUUUCUUUUGACUGGCCUCUUGUCAAGUCUGUCUGUGUCUGUUAAAUGUGAAAACACUUUUAAAACUAAGGUUACUUCCCUCAAACACACAACACUGAAAGUGAGUAUCUGGUUUUAAAAAUGUAUAACUUUUCAAUACUUACCUGUUAUGUACAUUGGAUAUGCAAGAAAGGUUGCUAUUAAUAGAUUCACCUCCAUUAUAUGAAAAUGUGUAACUGGGUAUGCUAUUUAAUUGUGAUAUUUAUCAAAAAUAAUUUGUUCUCAGUCCUUACAUGCCAUAAAAGAAUUAUUCUGUUACAAAAUGUGCCAAAAUAACAUUUAUAAUUAAUUUAAAGAAAAACAAAUGACCUUUCUAUGUGGAAUAAACCAAAUUGAAUGACAAAUUUUCACAAAGAAUUCUUGACUUGCUUUAAAAAAAAAGUAGUAGCUGUCAGGUUUCUUUACAUUCUUUAAAUUAAAAAGAAAAUAUUAGAAGUAAGAAGUCAGUGUUUUCACCCCAUGCAUGUCUCUGUCUCAGUGUUUGUCCGUAUCAAGGUUUUAAGCAUUUGAUGUUAUCGUUCAAUAGUAUCUUGGCUUUCAGGUAGGUACGCACAUGAAACAGGUUGAUUUCCAUCUGGUGAAGUGUUUGUUGAAAUACUUCUUACAAGAAAUGUUGUUUGUAUGAUUAUGGGCAACCUCAUUGACAUUGCUGUCACAAUGGAUGCAGCCUUGAUGUUCCUUAAUCGUACUGCCUCUGGAUGCUGGAAACCUUUUCAAGAAUGAGAUUAGCACUUCACCAAUAAAUUGUUCAUAUAGUAGUCAGUUGGUGGUUUCAAUUUGUGGAAUCUUUGUUUGUAGUUGUCUCGGCUACAUUUAUAAUAACAAAGCUUUUUUUUCCUUUAACUCACAUAACCAGCAGUGUCCUUGUCACUGAGAAUUUGCACUGCAUUAAGUGCUCAGCCCAACAAAACUAAGAACCUGUUUGGCCCAUUCUUGGUGCGCUUCUCUUUCAAGUCCAUUUUUUUUUUGGUGUCCUCAACAAACUUUGGACUGGAUUUUAUCUUAUUUCUCUGUCUCGUAUCUUAACUUUCUUGUUCACCCACCAACUUCUUUCUUUCUGCUAUCAUUUUUCAGCAUUCUAAUCUUGGCUCUUGAUUCUUCUUCUCUUUUUAUUUUAGCUGUCAUUUGCUUCUCAUGGUAAAACUUCCCAUCAAAGGCCUCUAGUUUUUCAGGUCAAUUAUUUGGCAGUUGUCUAUCCGCAUGUAUGAUAACGUACUGACAUGACCUCACCUACGUGCGUGCGCUCUACUAGCAGAGCGCGCCCGGUCACUGUCUCUCUCUCUCUCUCUCUCCUCUUUUAGUAAUUUUUUUUUUAUUUAGCUGUCACUUGCUUUUCUUUUUAUUUUACCUGUCACUUUCUUCUCUUUUUAUUUUACCUGUCACUUUCUUCUCUUUUUAUUUUACCUGUCACUUUCUUCUCUUUUUAUUUUACCUGUCACUUUCUUCUCUUUUUAUUUUACCUGUUUUUUUCUUCUCUUUUUAUUUUACCUGUUUUUUUCUUCUCUUUUUAUUUUACCUGUCACUUGCAUCUCUUUUUAUUUUACCUGUCACUUGCUUCUCUUUUUAUUUUACCUGUCACUUUCUUCUCUUUUUAUUUUACCUGUCACUUUCUUCUCUUUUUAUUUUACCUGUCACUUUCUUCUCUUUUUAUUUUACCUGUCACUUGCUUCUCUUUUUAUUUUAUUGUCACUUUCUUCUCUUUUUAUUUUAGCUAGCAUUUGCUUCUCUUUUUAUUUUAGCUGUCACUUGUUUCUUGUCAGGUUUCACUACCAAAUGUAACCUUGUCAUUAAAAUUAAUUGAUAGUAAUAACAGAGCUCAACGACAAAUUCUAUUAUUUCAAUAUGGCGCACUCUUUAAAAAUGCCAGUGGUCUAUGGUCACAUUGAAUUGUAAAUGUAAAAUUUAGCCCCAUAUAAAUAUCUGGACAAGUGUUAGAUACACCCUUCCCUCUGAAAAAAAAAAAAUGGCCAGGCAUUCUCUCUAUUACUGAAUACCGUUGUUCUCUGGGAAGCAGUUUUCUGCUCAAGAACUUGACAGGAUGGAGUAGAAAUAAUUUUGAUUUGCCCUAGUUCUGCUUUCCCAGCUUUCCCUGGGUGUCUACCUCUUUGACAAAUGUCACAAGUUUUAAUGCACAUUUUCAUAUACUUAUCAACACCAGGCCAAUAUAAAUGUGAAUAUACUCGAUACUUGGUUCUAUUUAAUGACAUGUCCAGCUUAGGGUGUAGUGUCCUAAUUCAAAAAACUAUUUCAUGUCCAUUCAUAGGGAUUACAAGUUGUGUAAUAUUACCCAAUAGUUAUCUUUUCUUUCAACUUCUCUGUAUACUAGACCUUCUUCAACUAUAAGUGAUAUCAAUCCCUUCUUCUUUUCUUUGUCCAUCCCUAUUUUUCUUUUUCCCAAAAUCUAAAAAAGGGUGACCGGUCACUUCAUCCCUGGUCACUUCUUUCCUGGUCACUUCAUUCCCGGUCACUUCAUUCCCAGUCACUUCAUCCCCGGUCAUUUCACCCCCUGGCCAUUUCAUCCCCUGGUCACUUCAUCCCCCGGUCACUUCAUCCCCUGAUAUUUUGUUCCUGCAACACCACCGAUUACGUCCAGGUAUUUAUUCCAUGUACUUCAAGGGAAUAAAGCCGAAGCAUAGUUAUCUCCUCUGCCACACUGUCUGCCACCACGUACAUAGGUAUCUCCUCUGCCACACUGUCUGCCACCACGUACAUAGGUAUCUCCUCUGCCAUGCUGUCUGGCACCACGUACAUAGGUAUCUCCUCUGCCACGCUGUCUGCCACCACGUACAUAGUUAUCUCCUCUGCCACACUGUCUGCGACCACGUACAUAGUUUUUUUCCUCUGCCACGCUGUCUGCGACCACGUACAUAGGUAUGCUCGAAGUAGGAUAACAGUUCCGGCAUCCCAUCGGGUUGUGGCAUGGACUCGGCGAGUAAUUCAAAGGAAUCACUAAUGUGUUCUUCACGUACAUAGGCCAAAGCCGAAAGACAUCUUACCAUGCCACGUAACUCGUUACAACUGUCAUAGUCACUUUUCAUGCCCAAUUCAUUUACUUUACGUAAUACAGCUUGACAGAGGUGAAAAUAACAUCCCGUUACUCUGCAUGUCUGAAACUUCUCUUGUAAAGCUGUCAUGGCGCUUUCUCAAAGCAUGUAACAAUAAUUUCUGGUGUUAUAUUUGGUACAAGUUCUUUAAUUGCUUCCAGCAAUCUAUCAUAAGUAAGGUUUUGUCCUGAAGCAAGCAGUACAACACUGGGGGAAUCACACCCUGAGUGUAUUGAAAGUGAAUUGUGUAGAGUUGAUCAAAUAAACAGGAGACAACCUUGAAAGUACCAUCGGCAAACCAACAUUUGCUAUGUCAAAGCCAUUCUAGUAACUGUCGGUCACAGAAAACUAGAAAUCGAUUAUUUUCGCUUUUCUCCAAGGAGUCGUAUAAUAGAAACUCCUUGUACACUGUUGGUACCUCAAAGUUUGUAUCAGCCAGAAGAGAUGGCAAAGCUCUACCAAUGUCUUUGUUUCUGAGUCGUUCACGAUGUUGUCUGAGAGUCCUGCUUAUAACACUUUUUCUGGGCAAAGCAAUCAGAACAGAAGGAGGUAAGUUGACUAUUACAUUAGCCUGACAAGCCCCCAGUGUUGUUGUGGUUUCCAACAUCUUCUCCUUUAUUUUUUCUACUGCGUUCUUUGCAAUGGCUUUAUCUCUGUUACAUUCAUGAUUGUGAGUAGAUGAUUGAUUGAUUACAUCAUCUUGGGCAGUAACUAAUGUUACUGGACAUUUGUGUGUUUGAUAUUUGCUACAUCUCCAGUUCAUGUUUCUGUUCAGCACCUUCUUGAGCCAGAAUUCAUAUCCUUCAUAAACUAGGAUAGAUCUGCCUUUACUACUUAAUGUGAACUCCAGAGGCAUUUCUCUAACAGUUCGGGUAGCCAGGCAUGGUCAUAAUUAUUCUAAUCGCACUUCUAUCUCUUAAAAGAUUCCCACUACUUGCAUCACACCUUGGCCUUUGAUCAUUAUGCUAUAGAUAAGUACACAUCCAGAUUUACCAUAUAAUAAUAAAUUUUUCAUUAAGAAUACAAAGUGGAAGAGGAAACACCAUAAACGCAUUAGUAAUAUGUCAUAAAAUGUCAAAAGGAAAGCAUUCUACAUAAUCAUAUUUAUAUAUAAAAUAUUUAAUUGGGGAUGAAAUGACUGGGGGAUGAAGUGACCAGGGGAUGAAGUGACUGGGAACCCUAAAAAAGAACUACCAUUUAUUUGAUCCUCUUUAAAAUCUAUGUCCUAUUACAUCCACUUACUUAAGCCAAUGCUGUCAUUAUCUUUCGGUUUGACACUAUUGUCUUCUGCUUUCAUAGCAUCACUAUAUAAAAUGUCUUAGCCUGAUCAAUAUUUUUAAUAAUGAUAUCCAUGAAAUUUGCUGCCACAAAAACUCAUUUUAAAAAUGGAAUAUCAUUGUCUAUCCAAGCAAGUGGUUACUGAAAGGUUUGUCCGUCUAUUAAUUUUGAAGUAAAAAACACAUCUAUCUUCCAACUUUCUUUUAAUAUUUCUCGUACGCCAAUUAUGCUCACCCCUGUAUCUCUCAUUACAGUAAAUUUUCAAUCUCUUAGCAAUGCCUCAACCAUUUUCAAUCCUCCUAAUGAUCUAUCCUUAUAUUCUAUAAAAUCUAAUGUAUCAGUAUGAUGUACAAAUAAUACACCUUGUUGCAUCAUUUCUGGUAAUGUUCAUAGUCAUUGCUGUGUUGGACCUCUGUUCUCAUUUAGCUUUACUUGACAUCAUUGAGCAAUAUCUUCACCCAUUCCACAACUAUAGCAUAUUACUUGUGUCCCAUCUAUGGUUAUAUUAAUAGGACAAUGACUGAUAGAUUGACCAGUGGUACCAAAUGCUACAUAUGGAAUAUCAUUAUUAAUUACCCUGUUAUUUCCUUUACAAUAUUUGUUGAGCUUUUCGAGGCAUCUCUGAAUCGGUCUAUACAGUCUAAGACCUCUGGGGCUGAAGUUGGCUUUCAUAAUAAAAUAUUUUUAGUGCUUCAGAAAAAAGCAUAAUGUAGAGUCUAUCUCUCAGUAUAAGGUCAAUUAUACUCUCUACUGUCAUUGGGGUUUGAGAUAUCUUAAGCCAAUUAUGAAAUGCCCAUUUCAAAUGGACAUAGAAAUCUUUCAUAUCAUCCGUCUUUGGGAAAAGUUCAUGCUACAGUUUUUGGCAGACUUCUUCUGUGAGUUGGGGAUUGUUUUAGGAGCUCACCCAUAACAAAGUCAUAGUCUGUGAGUUGGGGAUUGUUUUAGGAGCUCACCCUUAACAAAGUCAUAGUCUGUGUCUGUAUCAAUUUCAUUUAUAUUAUAAAUAUUUUCAUUUCAUUUGUGAGUACUGGCCAUCUUGUCUUAGAUAUGUUGCUAACAGUAGCAGUUGUUUCAAAAAGCUCUUAAGUAAAUUACAUUCCUCAUUUUCUGUCAUGCAUUUGAGGUCAUUGUUUAUUCUGUGGGGGAUUGCUGUUAACAGUUAUUUCUUUAUUGUCUAUUUCAUGUUUUUGUGCUAGUCAUUUGUCCUCCAUUUUUCUUACAUGUCUUCUCUCCUCCACUUCCCUAGUCAGUUCAUUUUCUCUUGGGCAUCUAUAUAUUUAACAUUUUGCCCUUUAACCCCAACAUCUCAGCCUGGGCUACUAUCAUCUUGAAUGGAGGAUGCAUAAACUUUGUCAUUUUCCUUCAGUGAUAUUUUUAUAUUAAAAUAAAAUAAUAUAGUUACAAACUAGUUACAUUAAAAAAAUAAGCAAAAUUAAAAUAAUACAGAGCUUGCUGCUUCUAUCAAUGGGAUUGUCACAUACUCGUUUUAGACUCAUGGUGACAUUGUAAUCAGUUGAUAGCUGCUGCCUUUUUCACGUGGAAAAUUAUUGGUCUGUAACUGACCACGAGGUGAAAACCUCAGUUAAGUUUGGGUUUCUGCAGAGCUAGGAUGUACAUGUAUUUUCUCUGCUGUAAUAUUGUAUAUUGAUUGUGUACUUAGAAUAUUUCACUGGAUUAUGUGAUAAAAUGUAUAUUCAUUGAUGGCGGAAUUUGCCAGCCUAUGUAUUUCUUAUUUAUAUGUAAUAAAUGGAGAGUCUGCUAUCAGAGUAGUUCACUUGUUUCUAUUGAUAGCUGUUGUGCUGUUAUAUUAGCUGUAGACUUACGAGAUAAAAAGUAGUAUAGACUUAAGUGGAACAAGGCAACUUUAAUCAUACUAAUAUCUAAUAUGUUCAAAUAAAUGUCACACAAGAGUGGUGACAGGGAUUCAACAGGUAAUCCAAAAGGCUAAAGACAAUAAUCCAUGGGUAAUCCAAUCCUGUGAUUUCUUUUAGUCUAAUCAAAGCAAAUAAUCCAACAGGUAAUCCAAUUAUGAGAAUAAAAUAUAAAAUAAUGGCCUUUACAUAUACGCGGCACAUAGAACGUACCACAAGAGUUAAAUGUAUAAAUAUGAUAUUUAACAGCAGCUUCUUCAGGAACACAUAAGCCAGUUAAAGAAAAUUCAGUAUAAUUCAAAGAAUUAGCUAAUAGGUAAUCCAAUUAGGAGGAGAAAUAUUUAAAUGGCCAUGCAUAUAUACUUUUAUUUGGAGGGUACAAAAGCAUGCAAUUAAAUAUAAAUAGUGAACACAUUAGGCAUGUUAAAAUCAUUAUUAUUAGAUUUAACAAAAGCCUAAAAUGCAGAUGAUGAGUUUAAGCUCAGGAUGGACUUAAAAUCCUUUUUUAGUACAUGUACUGUCAUCUUUUCAUCCACACUCUGCAUUUUAGGCUUUAGAUCUGCAUUUUCUGGAUACAAUGUUUUGCUUCAGGUUACAGUGUAUUCAUCUUUUAUCUCACACUGAAAUUCCAACUGCUAUGCUACAAUUGCAUAGGCAGAUCUAUAACUGGAUACAAUAUGCAACUUCACUGUUUUGGUACAAUUGUUACAUCACUGGAGAUUGAUGUAUCCAUUGCAUGUAGUUGUUUUGCAUGCUCCCCAAAAUGUCAGGUUGCUCUUGAUAUAUGUAUAUGUACUUCAAUUAUCACUACCUAUUGUAACCUAGUUAUGAAUAUAACUGUGAUAACUAAUAUAAAGUUAGAAUGAAGAUUCAGAAUGUUGAUUUACUGACAUAUAACUUGUUUAUAGAAAAUAUAAAUAAAAUACAGGCACAAUUCUGGCAAAUGAAAUAUUCAAUAUAAAUUAAUAUUCUAUAGAGCCAUAUUCCAUGGACUGAAUAAUAGUUACAAAAGUUAUUAAAGUCAAUAGUACUCUAUACUUCAACUCUAGAAACUAAAGGCCACAUUAACAUUUAGUUACAAUCCAAUAAAAUAAAAGACUUCUCAUAAAGCAAAACAAAUAAAUCUUCAAGUCAACAACCUGACUGGCUCCAAUGCUUCUCUAAAGUUAACAGGAGACCCAGACUGACCAGAACUCAGUCCUUAGACUUCUCAGUUUAUUUGAGCUUUUCACUUGUUUCUCUUCCAAUGUCCUUUUUAAUCUCAUUUUGUCCUCUCGAAUUUGUCACUUUCUCUCUUGCAUUUUCUCUCCUUUUCUUUAUCAUCUCUUUCUUCUUUUUGCUUGAUGAUUUUCAUAACCCACUCAUCUAACUUGUAUCCUAGACUUUUUUUCCUGUUUCAUACAAAUUCAAAAGUUGGCUGCUAUGUUUCUGACAUUUUAUGGGCUUAAAGGCCAGGCAACCCAAAGCAUUAAAACAAUACUUGUACAAAAAUAUAAUACAAAUUCAAUAUAUGUAGACUAAUGUGAACAUUUACUAAAUAAAAUAUUAAUUUAAUCAUAACAGCCAAAAUUUAACACUGUACAAUAAAAUAAAAUACUCCAAUUAUAUAACAACAAAGCUUCUUACAUGAGUAGGCUUUAAGGGUAGACACACUGAUCUUUCCAAUUAAACAAGUCCUCCUAAUAUAAUAUAGGUUAUAAAGAUUUCUCACCAUAAAUACAUUGACAAGCACCCUUGUUACCUUGUGCUAGGAUUUGGUAGUCAGAUUAGUGCUCUUCAUACUGGCAAGUUAGUCCAGCAGUAUUUAGUGGUUCCUAACUAUAUUACUUAGGCUACUAAUUACUGCCUCUAAGUAAUUAAUCUACCAAGUUAAACAAAUUACAUAGGACUUUAUUUUAAAAAAAAAAGAUGAUUUACAAAUGCAUAAAUAAAGGCAAUAAACAUUUAAAAAAAAGAAAGAAUGAACAGUUUAAAACAGCAAUACAGUUACUGGUCAUAUAUAUAGGAGUAAUCAAAUGACUUUUUCCACUGAGACACACAAAUGUCUCAUAUCCAUAACAAUAGUCUCUCUAUUGCAGUGUUUCCCAAACUUUUGACUUAUGCGUACCCCUUCUAGAAUUUUGGUAAGGCUGAGUACCCCUCCUCGCCCCCUCACAAAAAGGAUUUAUAUAUAUUUUAAUAAAAUUCAAAAUUUAAUAUUAUUUUUUUUGUAGGCCUACAUACACAAAAUAAUAAUUAAUCUAUCACAAGUAUUCAAUUAGUGAUUUUAUUUUUUGCAUGCAUCAGAGACACAUCAUGCAUAUUCUAAAAAAAAUGGAAACAUAGUUUUUACAUUGAAAAAGUGGGCGUGUCCACUGAAGCUGUAACAUCCCUAUCCAUUUCCUGAUCUUUGUAGAAAUUCGUCUUAAAAUGUAAAAUAGAGCAGUAUUUGAGUUUGUAAAAACUUAAAACAAAUAAUAAAAAGUAUUUAAAAUGUAUGAUCUUAUUCUAAUUUAUAAACUAAAUGUUUGUUUUUUUUUAAAUUUAGUUAACUAUGUGCAACCCCUACCCCCUAAAAACUCUUACCGUACACCUGGGGGAUAUGCUACACCUGGGGGGUAUGCGUACCACAUUAUGGGAAACACUGUCUUAUUGAUAAUCUGAUCAUAAGAGUAUAGAGCAAAAACCGGUCUGAUUCAUACAUGUGAGGAUAACUUUCUAACUAAAUAUUUAUAGAGACUAAGUAGAUAUAUAUUUACAUUAAUCAUUUUAUAAUAAUGAUGUGAAUAAAUAAAAACUUCAAUACUUUAUGAAAGGGAGAAUAUAAACACCUAUUUUCCCUUUUGUCUGGUAUACAGUAAUUGUAAAAUGUCAGAGCUGUGAGUGUCCAUGUUCCCCUAUAGCUCAAGCAAAAAGAAAGCAUGAAAUUGUACACGAUUUUUUCUUUAAUCAUUAUAAAUUUAGGCAUAAAAAGAGACAAACUAUGUGUGCAAUAAAAUGUGGAUAAAAAUAAUUUAGAAAAUAAAGAUGUUUCUUUACUUAAUACUCAUUUUGUAAAUGUGGUAAAUAACUAAAAAAUUGUGUACAGUUAGUUGACUUUUCAUACAAUAUGUCAUUAGUGAAUGUGUAUGUGAUUGUAAAUUCACAAUAGUCUGAAGCAUUUAAAAAAGAAUGUUGAAUGUUUGCUAAUAGGGUUCUGAUGUAUUUUGUAUAGAAAAGAAAGAUCUUUAUGUUUUGUGUUAUAAUUUAUAAUUAGAAUGAAUGGCUUGUCCUUUUUUACUUUUGAUACAUUGAUGAAGCUUCAGCUUGCAUUUUAUAAUAAAAGUCUUUUGGUGUAAUCAUCUUCAAUCAAGUUUUACAUUUAUCACAAUAUCAUUGAUCUAAUUUUCAUUGCUAUAUGUGAAGAAAACGCUAUGAAGCUGCAUUUAUUAAUCUAUACAUUUUUAAAAUUGAAGAUAUGACUUAAAGAAAUCUUCAUAUUAUUUCUUUAAAGUUACCAUUUCUCUUUGUCAUGAUAUAAUGUCUUAAUUGUAGUUCAAUGUAAGAAUGAUGGUCUGAUUACAUGAAUGGCUACAUUUUGAUUGUUAUCUAACAAUCUUAGAGACAAUUGUGAGCAAUUUUACACAGCACUAAAAUUGCCUUGUAAAAAUCAUAACUAGAAUGUUACUAACCACUUUGGUAGAAAUAGUUGUAAGUGUCUAAGUUGUGUUCAUACAUUUUAUUAUUAGAACGUUGUCUUGCCUAUAUUUCGGUAACAAUUAUACACAUUAUGAUUUAAUAUCAGGUGACCGAGCCUCGCUCGGAUGAAUAAUUUGUGAAGGAAGGAUAUAUACCCGAAGUCAUUUUGGGAAUAUUGUUGUAAUUACGAAAAUGAACGAUGGGGUAAAGACUAUCGAUCCGAAUAGUAGCUUUUUCGUUCUGUCAGUUCUCAAUGUAAUAGUACAUGGCGAUUUGAAUAGAAAGUCCCCCCAACAGUAAGCCUAUAGAAAACCACAGCUCACGUCUUAACGUUUUACAUUGCUUCUUUCGCGUAAAACUAUUGGGCUAUUGUUGUAAUUACGAAAAUGAACGAUCAGAUAAAGACUACUAAUCUGAAGAGUUGCUUUAGUGUUCUGUUAGUUCUAAAUGUAAUUGCACAUGGCGAUUAAAUAUAAAGUCUCUUAAGUCCUCCUAUAGUCUAGACCAACCACAUCUCACAUCCGUCUUAUAGUUUUACAAUUCAUCUUUUGCGUAUAACUACUGUAGGCCUACUAUUAUUGGCUUGGAAGAAAGUCUUUGCAGUGUUACUUCUCAGAUGGUUACGUUCAGACAUUUAAUUAUGGAAUUAGUAUACAUUCAUUAUGGCUUUAGUACGAAACAUGAAGUGACGCAAAUCUCUACGUUAUAGGGUAAAAUAGGCACUUUGUGACAAAGUAAAAUGGCAAUUUUUUUCUUAAUAGACUUAAAUCAUUGCAUUAGUUUUCUAAAGAAACGUUUCCGUGGGGCACCUCUGUUACGCCGAAAAAUAUGUUCGUCCCCCAUACGGGAUACGUGCCCUGCCCAGCCUGACUGUGGGACUAUAAGAAGUUCGCAAGUAAGGCGCAGAGAAGCUGUGUUAUGACCAUUUCCUUUGUUUUGGUACAGGACAGUAGACACCGAAGCAUGAACACAUGGUAAUAAUUCACCAGCAAAAUAAUAAUAAUAAUAAGGUUUGUCUUCGAGUCCGAAAAUUAAUGAGGAUUGCAGCUGUGACCUACAUAUUUUGCCACAUACAGGGCAAGCAUAACCAUUGUCCGCGGUGAUCGAUUAAGAUUUUCUUUUAGCGUCUACGUCUGUCCUCGGCUGCAGAUUUUAUUUUGGUCUCAAAUGUGUAUCCGCGUCCUUUGUAUAGAUGGAAUUCUUUAAGUCCGACAGUUACGCUGGACAGAGCAGUAUCCUGUAUGGGAGACGAAUCUCAGACGAACGUAUGCCAAAGGCAGUCUUUUUUGGUGAGCUAAAAAGUGGUCGACGUAACACCGUAACGCUUAAAAGUUUAGGCGCCAACUUGCCUUAGCUGACAUAGAAGAUAGCACAGAACGAGACAGCUGGAGGUCACCAGCAAAAUAAAUAACAAUGUAAAAGGUAUCUUCACCACUCUACGCAAUUAAAGAGUAAACAAUUUAUUAAGCACUUAAAACACAAUAACUAAUCAUACAUCGGCACAUUUAAUUUCAUUACUUUUCUUUCAUAGUUCUAUAAUAAAUCAAUCUACAGUAAGAUGGUGCGCAAAUGUUUAAUUAGGUCUAAUGGUUCUUUAAAACUUGUUCUUGUUUGCAAAGAAAUAUUUUAGUAUACUGCGAUAAGCCUAGUGACGUAAGCAGCGUUUUUCCCGUUUACGUCAUGGAAAAUUUUCAUUCUAGCCAAAAUUAAUUUUUCGAUAAUGAGACAUUUUCAAACCGAUAUAACGGUCGACCUCGAGUUUUCCCGAUGUGGCCAAUGAGUCGAGAAUUUUUUUCUCACUAAUAUGCACGUACCUUGAAAUUUUUAAGAAAAUCGUUAGAGCCGUUUUUGAAAUAAAAUAUAUAUAUAUAUAUAUAUAUAUAUAUAUAUAUAUAUAUAUAUAUAUAUAUAUAUAUACAUACAUACAAGAAUUGCUCGCUUAAGAGUAUAGGAUUUUCAUUAUACAUGUUUAAAACACAUCUACUUGCACAUUCUAAAAAAGUCAAUGUUAUGGAUGUAACGCAGCAUGGUGCGAAUGUGGGUAUUGAAUGGAAGGGAGGUUAUACAAAUUGGUAGCCUGAAAAUAUGAACAUGAACAGAGUUUCCAAUAUUAGGAUAACAUUCUUUAUCAGAAUAUUAAAGUGAUUAUAAAAUAGAA